UAAAGUUUCUGUCUUUAUUUAUGCACUCUUCUCUUUCUCUUUCUCUUUCAUCUAGUGUAGGUGUUACCUUCUUUUCUUUUCUUUCAUAUAUACUUCCAAUCCCUUCUUUUUCAUCACAAUUUCCAUCCUCUUCUAUAUUCAGGAGGUUGAUAAGCAUAUCCAUGGCUCUACAACAAUCAGAUCAAGAAGUUCCAUUACAAGAACAAGAAGAACAAACAUUUUGUCAACUAAGCAAACAAAACUCAAUACUCUCACUCACCCUUGAUGAGUUCCAAUGCAAGAGUGGAAAGAGUUUUGGUACCCUCAACAUGGAUGAAUUCCUAGCCAGUAUUUGGAGUUCCAAUGAUGAAACCACUCACAAGAAUCAUAGUAAAAGUGUUGUGACAGAACACACAAUUUCACAACAUGGUAACUCAUUCUCUGUCCCUUCUCCAAUUUGCAAGAAAACUGUGGAUGAAGUUUGGUCUGAGAUUCACAAAAGUAACAAACAAUUCAAAGAAGCUAAUAACAUUGGAAGAAAUGAGACACUCAUGAAGCAACAAACACUUGGAGAAAUGACUUUGGAGGAUUUCUUAGUAAAAGCUGGUGUAGUACAAGAAUCAUCAUCAUUCAAAUUCAGAACAACAAUGCCAUUUCAGAACAAUGUUUCAUGUAAUAGACCAUUGAAUCAAAGUUUAUUAAAUGGUUUGAAGCCUUCAAUGGGAAUUGGAUUUUCUACUGAUCAAUGUGUGUCUAGUAAUGGAUUUGCAACUUAUCAAAUAUCUACUGUUGAGAAAUGUCGAACCGUGCCUGAGUCCAGCGGGUGUGGGAAUAGGAAGAGGAUAAUUGAUGGUCCUCCUGAAGUUGUAGCCGAGCGAAGGCAGCGUCGAAUGUUGAAAAAUCGAGAAUCGGCUGCACGUUCUCGAGCAAGAAGACAGGCAUAUACAGUAGAGCUAGAAGCAGAGCUGAAUCUGCUAAAAGAAGAGAACGACAAGCUAAAACAAAUUUUGGCUGAAGCAAAACGCAAGAGGAAACAAGAGAUUUUACAAAGAAAGAAUUCAACAAAGGUUCAAAAAGGGGCAGAAAAAUUAAGAGCAAUAAGAAGGCCUAUAAGUGCAACCUGGUGAAUGAGUCUCAAUGACAAGAAUUGAAAAAAAAAUUGGCAUAAAUGUUAAGAAAAUAAUAUGUUUGUAUUCCUGUCAAAUUCUACUUUUGUUGUACAAUUAGAUAUAUGGACUAUUAAAAAAUAUAGAUACAUGAAUGCUGAUAUUAUUUUGUUGCAUACAUAGUUCAUAAAUAUAAUUUCAAGCUAUAAAA